UUCUUCAAAAAAGAAAAUCAUAUUCUGUCCAUAUUUCCUGACCUAAUUAUCGAAAGUUGAGACUGAUCUGAAUUGGCCCAAUAGAAAUUUAAACCCUCAAUAAUUACCUCCCAUAAAGCGUGUGUGUCUGAGCAUUAUUACCUCCACUAUAAACGACGGUGUGUUUUUCAGGAGGAGGAGGAGAAGGAGGAGGAGGUCCCUGCUGGCCGCGGAGCUGCACCCUGCAUCACAUGUUAAUACCGUUUAAUGGUGGAGCUCCAGUGACAGCUGGCCGCUGAACACCAAUCACAGAGCUCGCGGAUGGAGCGCAGUCAGACCGAGGUGGUGUUUUGAAGAACCGUGCCAGCGGCUCCGAGGACGUGAAGAAGGAUCCCUCUCGCUUCUCCUCGAUCGUGACGGCCUCCCACGCGUGAACAUGCACGCCGUAACUCCUCUCAGCGGGACGCUUCUUUCCACCAGCAAAGCGUCGGACGCAAGUGGGGAUUUGUUCCCGGAUUUCCUCGCUGGCGCAGAGCGCUCCUGAACGCCUCUCCGCGGCGCCGGGGUCACCCGCGUCACCGCCAAUGAUGUCUGUGGGUUUCAUGCCGGACCCUCGGAACGCCUCAGAUCCCUCCCAAUCGGCCUUUCUAGAUUUUGGCCACGGACACCCGGCGCACCAGCAGCUCCCCCCCGCGCUCUCUCACGUCUACCCCGUCCAUGGCCUGCGCGCGGCCGGCCAUUCCCAACACGAAAGUCCUUUUCCCGGCGGCGCGUCCUACGGCCGCUCGCGGGGCUACGCGUACCCCAACGCGGGGAACCCUCACCCCGCGGCGGCCUACGCGCCCUACCAGCACAGCGACCACGGCAGCCACAGCAGGUCAGAGCACGCAGAUGGGGAGAAGUCCACGGCGGCUCACAGCAGGGACUUUCGUCUGAAUGGAAAGGGGAAAAAAAUGCGGAAGCCCAGGACCAUCUACUCCAGCCUGCAGCUCCAGGCUCUGCACCAGCGCUUCCAGCAGACCCAGUACCUGGCCUUACCGGAGCGCGCGGACCUGGCGGCCAAACUGGGACUCACCCAGACUCAGGUGAAAAUAUGGUUUCAGAAUAAGCGCUCCAAGUACAAAAAGAUCAUGAAGCGAGGCAGCGGAUCAGAGGGGGAACAUCUCCACAGCACCAGCUCCAUCUCCCCCUCCUCACCCGCCAUGCCCCCGCUUUGGGAGGUGUCCGUGGCGAACAAAGGGGCCCAAAUGCCCCAGAACAAUUACACGAACGGCUUUGGCCACUGGUACCCAAACCCCCACCACCCCCACUCCCUCCACCCGGACGCGACGCCCCGGCCUCAGAUGAUGUGAGCGGCUUGUCGUGAUGUCGCGCGCGUCAGGAGCGCGCCGUCCUCCUCGAACUUGUUGCUUUUAUUGGGCCGUGCGUCUCCUCUCAGAAACCGUGAUGGGUUUAAAUGCGUGUUUUCAAGAGAACUUGUUUAUAUUGUUUGUAUUUUGUGUGUGCGUUUUAAAUUCAAUUUUUACUGCAAAGAACGACAAGGUAUAUAUUUGUAGAUUUGUUAUAUUCUUCUGGGGAGACUGGAGGCAUUUAAAGAAUAUGGAUGGUGUGCGUUGGUCUUCCACUUUAGGAACAGAGUUGCUGCUGCGUCAUCCACCAAAUGCUGUGAGCAUUAUGUGAAUAAAUCACCGUGGGAUUAAUAUUGUU